CCUCGACGCAAUCCUACCUUGCUGCUUCCACACCCACGCCAUCCCGGAAAUCUCAGUCGGCUACGCGAAUCCGAAGUGCAGACCGACUGAUUAUCGCCAGCUAUAAGGGUGUCCCACUUCCACACUUACUCGCGCUCGUUGAUUGAAUGUCCGCAAUCAAGUCUGAAGUUGCGCCGGGAGACCGAUAUCGCUCGAACGACUUGACCAAUUUACAAGGGGGCUCGACAGAGUCAUGGCAAUCAGCUAGCCAGUCAACAAUGGCGACUACUUCUGGAACGGGGAAUGCCCCAGCUCUGGACGCCAAACCCCCCAAAGAUGAUGUUUCACUUUCUCAGAAGAUGGUUUCUGCCACAACAGGCAGUAUUCUCACAUCUCUGCUAGCCACUCCCCUCGAUGUCGUUCGAGUCCGCUUGCAAUCCCAGUCCUCAACUAAAAGCCUGCCUCCUUUUGCCUCCCACACUACACACUCGUUAAAGAACGUUCCUUCGGAUCUUGGGGUCACGGCUUGCUGCCGGGAGGUCUUUUGGAUUGGUCAGAAUGCACAGAUGUGUGUCGCCGGGCCUGGCACCGGAGCCCUAGGCGCCACAUCGUCGAUGACGGAGUGCGCGGUGGAAGAGACUCAGCGACGAACGUUCACCUCAACUCUGGAUGGAUUACGAAAAAUCGCUCGGAAUGAAGGUGUACUGACCCUCUGGCGUGGACUCAGCCCCACAUUGAUGAUGGGAAUUCCGGCAAAUAUCAUAUAUUUUGCUGGGUACGACUGGUUGCGAGCUGAUGAUAAGAGCCCCAUCAAAGCUCUCGUUCCUGUCGCAUAUGCUCCAUUGGUUGCAGGUUCAGUAGCAAGGACCGCUGCCGCAUCCGCCAUUAGUCCGAUCGAGAUGUUCCGAACGCGACUUCAAGCUACUCCUGGCACAGGUGCAGGCCAUUUCAAGGCUACGCUUGAAGGUUUGCACCAGAUGGUCCGGGCCAAUGGUUAUAGCUCGUUGUGGAGAGGGUUAACCCUUACCAUGUGGCGAGAUGUUCCUUUCUCUGGCCUUUACUGGUGGGGUUAUGAAGAGGUCAAGAACUACUUCAUUGACGCCCGCAAGAAAGCCUACUUGAACCGCCUGCCACAUGAUUUCUCAUUCUCCAGUCACCAAACACCGCACGACCUUGAUACCCCCACAUUCCUCGAUAGCUUUAUCGCAGGAGCCUCAUCCGGUUCCCUUGCGGCUUUCGUUACUACCCCGUUUGACGUUGGCAAGACACGUCAACAAGUUUUCCGACACAUGGGCGACGAAGCAUCGAGCGCCCUUGGAGGCAGCACGAAGGGGACACUGCAUCCCGAACAACUUCCCUUACCCAAAUUCCUGAUGCACAUAUUCCGUGAAGAAGGUAUGGCGGGACUCUUCCGUGGUUGGGUUGCACGGUGCCUCAAAGUCGCCCCCGCUUGCGCUAUCAUGAUUUCAUCCUAUGAGCUUGGAAAGAAGAUGGCACGAAAUGUCAAUGAACGAACUCGCUCUGCAGACGAAGCUGCCUCCUCUGAUUAUAUUUAAACAAGACUUCUCACGCUUUACAAGGACAUGGUGAUUAUGUUCUCACUUACAUCUCAAUACUUAUACAAAGCCAGCCUUGGAGCAAAAUACCCCCCUGAAUCUGGUUAAUCAUUGACAGAUAUCAUCUCUACUCUCUACCAUUACCUGGCUGGGUACUCUUCUAGUUUCGUGUUCCAGUGAUGUCGCAUUCAGCCUGAACCAUAGACACAUUUUCUGACCUUCUAUCUCUUCAUUUUCGUUACAUUUUCUCCCAUCUGCCUCAUUUGUAUCCUUACUUUGCAUGGCGCUGAAAAAGGGCGGGCUCGUGUUUCUGGGUUACAACACCGUUUUUGAUUCAUGUACAACAUCCUAUUCCCGAUAGAGCGACACAGAAUCUUCCUUCCUUAUGUCUAUAUGAUUCUUGUGCGAUGGCUAUUGUGCCGAGUAUAUAUGCAGAAUUGUCUAAUGCCAG